CUCAGCGUAUCCCGGCGCAAGGAAAGCGUCAGAGCGCGCAGAUCGACGCCUUUUCCUCGUCCCUACCCGAGCUGCGCCGUAGCCCCGAAAGUGACGAUGCCAAGUAUCCGCUCGAUUCGGCCGACUACGCAUACGAGGACGGCUACAAGGACGAUUUCCACAUGGUCCACUUGAGCGACAUAGGCCAAGGCCACGGACUCGUUCACCCCACGCUCGAAAGCGCCGAGGUAGGGUCCCGAGGUGUGCGCAUGGUCGAGCUCGAGAUGGAGAUGGAGGAGGACUCGCCGUAUCCAGAAGUGCGUGCCUCGGUCUCCAACAUCGACGACCGAGAGAUGCCGGUCAACACGCUGCGCAUGUGGUUCAUCUCUUUCUUCCUCACCGUGCUCGCCACAGGCGCCAACAUGUUUUUCUCGCUGCGCUACCCAGCGCCCACGUUUUCAAGCACACUGGUGCUUCUGGUCGCCUAUCCAAUCGGAAAGCUGUUGGCUGCCAUCAUGCCCAUCCGUGUAUGGACGCUGCCACACUGGUUGGGCGGGGCCGAGUUCUCACUGAACCCAGGCAUCUACAACAUUAAAGAGCACGCGCUGACGUCAAUCAUGGCUAGCAUCUCGAUCAUCACCGCGUACGGCAUCAACGUGGUCAUUGUGCAGGACUCGGAGCAAUACUAUGGCCAGCCAAGGGAGAUUGGCUUUGACAUUCUCUUCGUGCUCAGUUCGCAAAUCAUCGGGUUCGGACUCGCUGGCAUGUGCCGACGCUUCCUGGUGUGGCCGGCAAGCAUGAUCUGGCCGCAGAACUUGGUGUCUGCCACAAUCCUCAACACGCUGCAUGCCGAGGAGGACGGCGCGGAUGGCACCAUGACGCGCUUCCGCUUUUUCACCGUGUUUGGCAUCGGCGCAUUUGUGGUGUACUGGAUCCCGGGGUACUUGUUCAUGUCUCUCUCGGUGUUCAACUGGGUGUGUUGGAUCUGGCCUACCAACAUGCCGAUCAACGUUGUGUUUGGCACCAUCACCGGUCUCGGCUUUUCGACGCUCACCAUCGACUGGACGCAGAUCAGCUACAUUGGCUCGCCGCUCGUCACGCCCUGGUGGGCCGAGUGCAACAUCUUUUUCGGCUUUGUCAUCUUUGUAUGGAUCGCGGCGCCGAUCAUGUGGUUCAAGAACGCAUGGUACCAGUCGUACUUGCCUUUCAACAGCGGCGCGUCGUGGGACCGGUAUGGACAGCCGUACAACAUCAGCCGGGUGAUUGUGAAUGGCAGCGACCUGGAUCAGGUGGCGUACGAGAACUACUCGCCGCUGUAUCUGUCGACAACGUUGUCGUUGGUGUACACUACGGGCUUUGCCAUGCUGACGUCGGUGCUGACGCACACGGUGCUGUACCACGGCAAGGCGUUGAAAAAGGGGUUUAUGCGCAUCAGGACCGAGGAGGAUGACGUGCACGCCAAGUUUAUGCGCCAUUAUCCCGAGACGCCGGACUGGUGGUAUGCAGCCAUGUUCCUGAUGGCACUCGUGUUUGGCGUGGUGAUGGUCGAGGUGUACGACACAGGGUUGCCCAUCUGGGGACUGAUCGUGUCGAUCCUGAUCCCGACGAUCUACAUUUUGCCAGCAGGGUUUGUGUAUGCCAUGACGGGUCAAGCCAUCGGGACGAACCUGAUCGGCGAGCUACUGGUGGGGUACAUGCUUCCCGGUAAGCCACUGCCUAACAUGAUCUUCAAGGCAUUUGCACUGCAGGGCUUGCUAGGUGGGCUGCAGUUUGUGCAGGAUCUCAAACUGGGGCAUUACAUGAAGAUCCCACCUCGGCUGACGUUUUUGGCGCAGCUGUCCGGCGUGUUUGUGGCAUGCUUUGUUCAGUUGGGCGUCAAGAGUUGGAUGUUUGUCAAUAUCGAGGGCUUGUGUUCGCCAGAUCAGCCCAACUCGUUUACGUGUCCCAACAUUCGCGUGUUUUACACGGCGAGUUUGGUGUGGGGUGCAAUUGGACCGGCGAGGAUGUUUGGGCGCGAUUCGAUGUACAGGGUGAUGUACUGGGCGAUGUUGUUUGGAGCGCUGAUUCCGCUGCCGUUCUGGAUGGUGGCAAGGAGGUAUCCGAGGAGUUGGAUCAGGUAUGUUAGUUGGCCGGUUAUCUUUGCUGGCGUGGCCUUCAUUCCGCCUGCGUCCGGAUUGAAUUAUUCGAGCUGGUUUGCAGUUGGGUUUGUCUUCCAGUACCUCGUUCGCAAGUACAACUUUGUGCUUGCGGCUGCGUUGGACUCGGGCACCAUCAUCAGCAGUAUCGUCAUCUUCUUCUCGCUCGUCCUCCCCAAAAACGGCCGCCUCCAGAUCCGCUGGUGGGGCAACUCGGUCGCGGGCCAGAACUACGACGCUGCUGGCUAUGCGCUCCUCCCUCCUCCGCCACAGGGGUUUGGCAACCUACCCCAUUACUAG